AUGAAGAGGCUUUACCACUUCCUCCAGCGGAAAUGCUCCCGGCGGAACCGGGGCUACAGCCGGGACAUCUCCCUGAGCCACGGCGGGUUCUGCUCGGGCUCCCUCUCCACCCACCACGGCCGCGCCUCCUUCACCUGCGGCAGGGACUGCUCUGUCACCUACACCCGCAGACCCUCGGCCUGCCCGCCCCUGCCACCGCCAGCCCCCUACAGCGUCUCGGCGGGGUUCUCCUGUGACACCCACGGGUCCCUCGAGGUCACCAGCGGGGACUGCGGGGUCACGUCCGGCUGGGACCCCACGGUGGGGACGGUGCCGGUUUACGGCCCCGGCACGCGGUACGAGGACGUGGGGCCUGUCCUCACCUCGGGGGGAUCCACCUACCAUGCAGGGGAUUUGGGGAUGGCUGAAGGAGCAGGGUAUGGGUACACCAUGCCCUUGAGGGACACCCUCACCGCGGGGAGGGUCACUGAGGGGCCGGGGUACUACGGGGAAGGGCUGGGGUACGGAGCUGGCGCCUUCCCGGGCCCCGAGCUCGGCCCUGCGGGCGGAGGAUGCGCCCAGGUGGUGCAGCAGAAGUGCCCCGUGGUUGUCCCCCCGAUCAAGAGCCAGCAGUGCAAGCAGAGCCCCCAGUGGCCUCCAGUGCAGAAGAAGUGACUGCCCCAGCAGCCUCUUCCACAUCCCAGAAUCGCCCCACGGAUGUGCCAGCAGGGAAUUUUCCCCGGACCCUGAAUCACAGAGCUCCGCAUUCCCCAUGUGGGGCUGUGCUGAGAGCUGUCCCCCAGGACCUGCUGGAAAAAGGGGUUUGUGACGGGAAAAGAUUCUUUUCUCCGCCUCCUUUGGAUGGCGGGUUGGACAA